ACUACCUGGCAGAAGUAAGGAUGGCGCAGGCUGUGUUUUGGAUACUGGUGCAUUAGAUAUUUAUUGGCCCAGGAGUAAAUAGCCUUCCAUGAAAUGUGAAGAGAAUAAAGCUUUGUCACAAGGAUUGGAGUGGAAACAGAAUUGAUGACUGAAGAAUUGUGUGCCAAAGCACGGGACUUCUACAGCAGAAACUUAAUGAAGCCGUGUUUGGGAGGAUAGAUAAAAUAUAGCCUCCUGACAAAGAACAAAAGAAAAGAGGCAAAGCACAAGAUGGGUCUAGCAGUAGCCCAUUAUAAUGUCACAUUAAGACUUAUUAUAGACAAGUGGAGCAUGUGAGUGAAGAUUCACAAGGAAAGAAUGACAUGUGUUUUGAGUGCAACUAAGUCACUUAAACAGGUGGCCUGGCAUGUCUCUGGCAAGAGGUUGGCAAAGGAAAGUAGGAAAGGUUGUUUUGUAUCAAAUGAUCUUACUCUCAGACACAAAACCUCCCAUUUACCAGAAAAAGCCUUAUUACAGGAUGAAUCGAUGAGACUUAUAUCACAAGGCUGCAGAGCUCUUCUGUAUUUAAAUCUGUCCUAUAGAGAUAUUAUUAAUGGAACAUUAUGACUGUUGUCAAGCAGCUUCCCCAAUUUACAGUCUCUGAAUUUAGCUCACUGCAUAAAAUUCACAGACAAAGGUUUACUAUACCUGGGCUCUGGAAAGGGCUGUCACGAGCUCAUCUGUUUGGACCUUUCAGGUUGCAUUCAGAUUUCAGUCCAUGGUUUCAGAAAUAUUGCCAAUGGCUGCAGUAGGAUUCAAGAUUUGCUAAUGAACAAAAUGCCAGCUCUUACAGAUGGACGUACUCAAGGUCUGGUUGAAAAAUGGCAGCAGAUAAUCUCCGUUGUCUUUCUUAACUCUCCACAUCUUUCUGAUACAACUUCCAAAGAGCUUGCUGGAUGCAAACUUGUCAAGGUCAGCAUUGAAGGGAGUAACCAAAUUACUGAUUGAAGUUUAAAGUUGAUGAGUAAAUGCUGCCCAUACAUCAGGCACAUUCAUACGGCUGAUUGCCAGAAGAUUACAGAUGCUGGUCUUAAGAUGAUUUCACCAUUGAAGAAUAUUCUUGUACUGAAUGUAGCAGACUACAUAAGGAUCAGUGAUGAAGGUGUAAGGCAACUUGUACAAAGUCCUUCAGGAACCAAGCUGAGAGAGAUGAAUUUGAUUAAUUGUAAUGGUGUCACCAAUUAUUCCAUCACAGAAAUAGCACAAAGAUGUCAUGAAUCAACUUACCUAAAUCUUUGCUACUGUGAAAAUAUGACUGAUGUUGGAAUUGAAACCUUGGGAAAUAUGUUGUCACUUAUCUCCACUGAUAUCUCUGGAGUCAGCAUUUCAGAUACAGUACUUCUGGAAUGUGGCCACCAUGGAAAAAUAAAGGAACUUUCAGUAUCAGAAUGCAAAAACAUCACUGAUUCUGAGAUUCAGGAGUUCUGCAAGGGCACAAAAUACCUGGAAUACUGCCAUGUCUUUUGCUGCCCACAGCUGAUGAAUGAAACUGUGAAAGCAAAGGCAUUUCACUGCUACACACUAACACCUUUCAACAUAGCAGGUUGCCCAAAGAUGACAGAUACCUGUAUCGAACACUUGGCUGCAGACUGCCAUUCUCUCUCCUUCUUGGCUGUCUCGGGCUGUAUUGACCUUACUGACAAAGCACUAAAAUAUCUUUGGAAAGGCUGUAAGCAACUCCAGAUUCUCAAGAUGCUGUACUGUAGAAAUAUUACCAAACAUGCUGUCUUGAAAUAUACAGCCAAACUGGAGAAACAAGAACAUGAUGCUGACCCUCCUUCCUGGCUUGGAUGUGACCAGGAUGGCAACAUACUCACCUUCGCCACCAGAGCCUGAAUAACCAAA